ACUUCAACUCGAAAAAGUUCCAAUUAGUGUUCAUAAAAAGAAGGAAUCGAGAUUGGAUUGGAUGGUAACAACCUUUUGAAGAAGCGGCGAACAAUGAACGACAGUUGCAGUUGGGACCAGCUAUGGGACCAACAAGGUACUCUCAAUGAAUACACUGGAAAAGGUAUCGACCUGCUGGAGCGGAUAAUGGCUUACUCAAAAGAACGAGCCAGCAUCGAGUUGGAGUACAGUUCUAAGUUGAAAGCCCUGUCCAAGAAGACGGCGAUGAAAAUGAAGAGUGAAAGCGAGCUGUGGAAUUCGGUGUCAUACGUCAAAGGAUUUCAUGACGUCAUUGCCGGAAUCGUCCCAGUUGCCACACAACACGAGCUGAUUGCCGAAAAUCUGAAAAGCGCAGUCAUCCCGUUCACAACGCAAAAGAUUGCCGAGUACCGGGUGGCGAAGAAGCAGCUAGAGUCGGAUAACAGUAAUUUGGGAAAGCAGUUACGGAUGGUUAUCGAUGAAAUGGCGAAAUCGCAUAAGGAAUAUGUAAAAUGCUACAAAGAAACCGAAGCCGCCAUGCUGAAAUAUGCAAAAGCCGAGAAGAACAUGGACAUCUCACGUUUAGAACUGGAAAAAACCAAGAACAACUACCAACAAAAGUGUGGAAUGCUGGAAGAGUCCAAGCAGACUUAUGCAGUAAUGACUACAAAAGCGAACGAGGAACAAUCGGCACACUAUGACCGGAAACUCCCACAACUCUUGGAUAAUUAUAAGAAGCUGCACACAAAUCGGAUCCUGGAUACGGUGGAGAUUUUGAGCAAGUGUGUUGAGGCCGAGUCUUGUGUUAAUCAGAUUAUUGCAAGCUGCCACAACGACAUGCGACGUGACAUUGGCCUAAUCGAUCCAUCGCGUGAUGCGAACCUGGUGGUGGAGAAUAUGAAGUCGGGACAUCCUGUGCCUCAGCCGUUCGUCUUUGAAGAUCUGGGACAUCCACAGGAUCGGUCUUCGUUUAUGGGAGGUGGCGCGUCGGGACCAGCUGGAUCCAUGGAUGGCAUGGACGCUACAAUGAAGAAGGGAGGCACCCUGAUGUCGAAAAAUGGCAAAGGAGUCGCCAGAAAACAGUCGAUGCACCAAAAGUUCUUUGGCGGAGGCACCGCGGAUAAGAAGACCGAUAGCGGAGACUAUGGCACCCUACCACCACAGCAGCGUGCUCGGAAGAUUGCCGGAAAGAUUAGCGACUUGGAGAAGGAGAAGGAUCGGGCGACACAGAGUCGCGAGGGUGUCAGCAAGAUGCAGGCUGCCUACCGGGAAAACCCGAAGCUCGGCAAUCCGAGCGACUGUGACGCUCAGCUGGCACAAUAUGGACAUGAGAUUGACGCGUUGAGCAAUCAAAUUCAAAAGUUUAAGAUUCUGCUGGACGAUGUGAAUGCUCAGUUGGGAGCUGGUGGAUUGUCUGCGACGAGCGUUGGCGGGAGUGACACGCCGCCAUCGAUUCGGUCGGUUUCGUCGGCGUCGUCGGGCGUUACGUCGAGAGUGAACACGAUCAAUGAUGCGCACAGGACUAAUGGAGGGGUGGGCGGAGGUCGUCGGGAAAGUUUCUCCGGAAGUAAUGGCGGUAGUGACACGGAUCCGACAAUAAACGGGAAUGGACAUGGACGUGAUGAGCUCUACGAAGAAUGCUCCAAUCCUAACCCGGUGCUCGGUGAAGCAAUUGCUCAAUUCGCAUUUGACGGAGCUCAAGAUGGAACGAUUCGCAUGGAGGCGAACGAGAAGCUGUGGCUGAUUGAGAAGGACGAAGGCGAUGGAUGGACCCGUGUGAGAAAAGAAAACAACUCGGCGGAUGGUUUCGUGCCCAGCUCAUAUCUCAAAGUCACCUGGUUCGGAAAAGUCUGAGCCGCCACCCAUCAACCCGGCUCCUCGCACAUUUUGCCACAUAUUCAACGGUGUUUUUUUGUUGCUCUUCCUGCUCUUCAAGUUCAAGCCGAGCUUUAUGAAUUAUUGAUUCUUUUCUUUUCUUUUUUUCUUUUUUCGUGUCAUUUUGAUCUGUUUUUGUCCCGUCCUAAUUUAUCCUUGAAUUUUUUUUUUGAAAUUCAAAAUUUACUGUGUAUUUUCUAUGUUAGAAAUAAGACCAUACUUUUUUUCCGGAAAUUUUAAGACAUUUUCAGUUAUUUCAUCUAUCUUUCUCUCUUCAUCUCUCUCGCUGCUCUCCACAAACUUUCCCUUUUAGCACUGCUCUCGCGGGUCUCUUGUUGCUUGAGAAAACGACGCAAAAAGUACAGUACCCCCUCUCCCGUUUCUCUCUUUUCUCUCUGUCAAAUGCUCCCUGCUUUUCAUCCAAUUUUUUUGGAAUUUGUUUCUUUUUUUUUUUUUGAAAUUUCUAAUGUAAAUGUGCUGUGCUCCUCUCAUCGAAAUAUGAUUUUUCCUUGACCUUAUUUGUAAAUGUUUUUCUUUCUGAAUUUGAAAUGAAUUUAUGAUGCUUU